AUAACUCUACAGUACAGUAACGGCCGUAUAUAUACAUCAUGUACAUUACUAUACUUCUCGCUAUUGCUAGUGCUCCCCUUGCUCUUGCUAGUCCUUUUCGCCUAGACAAACGUAAUUGCCGUACAACAGUCCGACCUGUUCUAGACGUCUGUAUGAAAACGAGCGAUGUAUGUACCGGAAACAACCUAUUAUUCUGAAUUUCAUCACCGUUCUUAUCUUCUUACAAACUACUAUUCACCUUUUCUUAUAUAUGUAUACACUAAUAUCUAACAAUGCGUCUAGGGUCGCGUAGUCUAUGAUCCGUCGAAGCAGAAUAUCGCUACACAGACUCUUAACCAUUGGUGCCAGAGCGAUUUCACGGGUACAAGCCUAUCAGAUGCUAAAGCUAUCGACGAUUGUGGACAUAACGGCAGUGAUGCGCCUCGAACUUACCAUAUAGACUUCCAAGUAAGUAAAUGUUUUAUGUAGGACUAAGCGGAAGGACAAGAGCUCACAAAUCUAGAUUGACUGUUGUUACUAAGCAAUGUUUUUGAAAACCGGAUUUCUGCCAAUGAUCACAUGCAAUUGGUUCUGGUCGAUUCCGAUACUAUUGUCUAAUCUAUGAUGAGAUUGUUUCUCUGAUUAGAAUACGAGCAAUGCUACAGAAUGAUGUGCACUUCUAUUCCUGAGAACAUGUAGGAUGAC